UUCUAUUUUUUUAUUUUUUAGUUAUUCUAUAUUAAUUUUUAAUACUUGAUUGUUGCUGUUUUAAUGUAGGUUUAGAAUAGUUAGAUUGAUGCUAAUUGUAUUUGUAUAGAAUGGCACUUGAAAGCAAUUUUUGAGUUACUGAGCAUUGGUUUAUCCCAUGGGAUUGGCUCAAUUUUGUUGUGGUUGGCUCUCUUUUGAUGCUAGUGUUGUGACUAAGGGAUCAUUGAACUAUUUAUUUUGUUGCACUUAGCUAAUAGGUUAUGUGAUAGUGUGAUUAGAUAAUAGGUUCAGUGAAUCUGACAACUAUGCACCCAACACAAGAAUAUGAAUGUGCAGAUAUGACCUAUGAGUAUGCAUACUGGAGAAAGAGAAAAGAAAAUUUGUGAGGAAAAACAUUAAAGUGGAAUAACAACAUCGUUGUUGAAAAACAGAAAAUGGCUGCAUCAGUGUCUCUGCUUCGAAAACUGAAGAGCCUCCCUCUGUGUGCAUGGUUUGGGAGCAGGAGAAGGAACUUGCGUUCUGAUGCGGCGUUGGAAGCCAUAGCCAAAGCUUCAGAAGACAAAGUUCCCAACUUGGUUGUCUACAACUACCCUACCUUCUCUGGAGCAUUCUCCGCCCUCUUUGCUCACCUCUUCCACAUUCGCCACAACCUCCCUGCCCUCAUUUUGCCCUUCUCUUCGGUUCCAUUUCUCUCUCUCAGGGUUGAAGAUUUGUGCAUUGAAGGCCUUGAGACCUGCUACCUGCUUGAUUUUAUUCCACCAAAAGAAUUUAUUUUCAAACUUACCAAGCAAUCAACAUGCAAGAUUAUUGGGUUUGAUCACCGGAAAUCGGUGCUUCGUAAUAUUCCCUCUGCCGACGAUCUUGCUGAGAACAUUAUGAUUCAUGUUAACCAUGAGAAGAGUAGCUCCAGUGCUGUUUAUGAAUACUUUUCAAGAAAAAGUGCGGACAUGAAUUCUGAUGGUGUGGUUCCAAGUUUAGUGGACUCGAAAGACAGGGAGCGUGUGGAGAUGAUUCUUAGCUAUAUUGAGGAUGGAGAUCUUCGCCGAUAUACCUUGCCUAACAUUAAGGCCUUUAACAUUGGACUGAAUGAAUGGCGGGAAAAGCUUAACUGCAUUUCCAAUCCGAACAUGUAUAAGCAGUUGCUGGAGUUAAGUGCUGAAGGUUUAAUCGCUAAAGGAAAUUCACAUGUUUCAUCUCGCCAGAAUGCUGCAAGUAAACUGCUGCAAAAGGUGUUUAGGGUUCGGUUGGGAAGAGGAUUUUAUGGAGAGUGCCUGGUAUACUUUAGUACAUAAUUCCUUCUUUUCCAUUGUGGUUCAUCUUUAAUUUGUCGGUUCUCCUUCCUAUGUUCUCGUAACUACUAGAGAGAUUCAAAAGUGGCAGUAUAUUUUAAUGCUAUUUUAAUCCUCACUGCAGUUUAUUUUAAUGCUAUCAAUUUUAUGUAUAAUGUAUCACCAAUAUAGACCCAUAGGAGCUGUGAUAUUCAUGCAACGGAAUAAUCUCAAAAUGUGCUUGCGUAGCAUGGAUAGGGUCACUGAUACCUCUGAAGUUGCAAGGGCCUAUGGUGGAGGUGGUUCCCCAAGUUCAAGUUCCUUCAUAAUAAGGAUGGAUGAGUACAACCAAUGGAUUUGAGUGAAUUGAUCCUGAGCAUUCCGGUUGAGAUCAACAGUGACAGUAUGAUGGCUGGUUUACUUGAUGUAAUUUUGAGAUCAUCUGGCACGAUUAAUGAGAUCCGUUUACAAGACAGACGAUGCUUUGACAGGGACCUUUCGAAGAUGAUACAGCCGGCGCUUAUUGUCUCCGCCGCAGCCGGCGCUUAUUGUCUCCGCCGCAGCCGGCGCUUAUUGUCUCCACCGCAGCUGGCACUGGAGCAGGUAGCUGGCACUGCAGUUUCGUAUCUUCCGCCGCCACCACAAGCGCGUCGCGUCUCUGGUCGUAGCUUUCGCCUCUUUGGAUCGUCGUCGCACCGCCACUCUGUUCCGCCGUCUUUUGUUCUGCCGUCCGCCUUUCCUCAUCGUGACCAGCUCUGUUCUUCUCUGUUCUCUGGGUACCCUCGCCUUUCCUCAAGGUUCUUCUCUGUUCUCUGUUCCGCCGUCCUCUGUUCUUUGCAUUUCCUUUAUGGGUUCUACCGUUCUAAAGGUGCAGAUGAGUUUGCAUCUGAUAUUAGUUUAUGAAUCAAGAAUCCUUAUGAAUGGUUCAAUAAUGCUUAAUUGUUUAGCUUUGUGAAAUUAGUCAGAAAUGAUAAACUGGUAACAUAUAUAGUUCCUGAAACAAGUAACUCUGGAGAUAUUUAUGUUGCAAUAAUGCUAUGUUACUAAGUGUUCUAGAUUGGUAUUAUUUUUUAAAUGAUCAUCUAAUUUAUUUACUUUGCUGUA